AUGCGAUCACCCGAUCCUCAGAGAUUUGGCGAUGCCACGGAGCCGAUUGCCAUCGUUGGCAUGGCCUGCCGGUUUCCUGGAGAGGCAUCUACCUUGGAGAGGUUCUGGGACAUGAUUGUCAAUGGCCGGACGGGACACUCUGCAGUUCCCCCGGAUCGCUUCGACGCGGAGGCCUGGUAUCAUCCGAGUCACGAACGGAAGGGAACAAUUCAACCGCGGAGUGGAUUCUUUCUGGAGGAGAGCUCCGCCGUCUUCGAUGCCCCAUUCUUCUCCAUGACGGCAAACGAGGCCGCGGGCAUGGACCCCAUGCAGCGGAAGUCGCUGGAGAUCGCGUAUGAGGCAUUUGAGAAUGCUGGCAUUCCUAUCGGCACGUUACCUGGCUCGGCGACGGGCGUCUACACCGGUGUCAUGACCAACGACUACGAAUUGAUGACCGCUGGCGAUCCGAUGCAGCUUCCACAGAACGCAGCAUCGGGAACGAGUCGUGCUAUGCUUUCCAAUCGGAUUUCCUGGUUCUUCGACCUGCGCGGCCCGAGCUUUGCCCUAGACACGGCUUGUUCGUCCAGCCUGUAUGCAUUGCAUCUAGCCUGUCAGUCCUUGCGUACGGGGGAAAGUCGCCAGGCCCUUGUCACCAGUGUGAAUCUAAUACUCGCGCCUAAUUUCAUCUCCCAGCUGUCCUCGAUGCACAUGCUGAGCCCUGAUGGAAAGAGUCACUCUUUUGACUCUCGAGCCAACGGAUACGCUCGGGGAGAGGCACUCGCAGCAGUCGUCGUCAAGACCCUUCACCAGGCCCUGGAAGACGGAGAUACAAUUCGCGCGGUCAUUCGCGGCAGUGGGGCGAACCAGGACGGCAAGACGGUGGGCAUUACGAUCCCGAACGGCGAGGCACAGGCGGAUCUCAUCCACACCACCUAUGCCACGGCGGGACUGGACUUGAAUCACACGGGAUAUUUCGAGGCGCAUGGGACGGGCACCUCGGUCGGGGACCCGAUUGAGUUGAGUGCCAUUGGCGGAAGCUUCGGUACACAGCGCAGUACUGACAACCCGCUGGUCGUGGGCAGCGUCAAGACUAACAUCGGCCACACCGAGGGGGCUGCAGGCCUGGCGGGCGUCAUCAAGGCGGUACUCGCCGUCGAGCAAGGCGUCAUCCCUCCGCUGCCCGAGUUCAAAGAACUCAACCCCAAGCUUCGUCUUGACGAGUGGCGAUUGGCAUUGCCGCUCACGCCCACGCCAUGGCCCACGGCUGGUCUCCGUCGAGCCAGCGUGAACUCGUUUGGUUUCGGUGGAGCCAAUGCCCAUGUCAUCCUGGAUGAUGCGUAUCAUUAUCUGCGAUCACAUGGGCUGAAGGGGAUGCAGCGGACUGUGGUGCCUGAGAAGGAUGACUCGUCUGACUCUGGUCUGAGCAUCCCAUCGGAUAGCAGCGACGCAGAUGGAGAGGAGAGCACCAACACUCCUGUCCCCAGGCUCUUUGUCUUCUCUACAUACGAUGGAGGUGGUAUCCGACGGAUGGAAGCAUCGUGGGCCAGCUUCCUUGCGAAACACGUCUCGGACAACAGUAAACAACGACGGCAUAUGAUCGCGGAUGAUGACCUCGCAUACACCCUGUCACAGCGCCGGACUACCUUUGACUUCCGGAGCUUUGCAGUGGCGUCUACCCUGCCCGCGCUGACGAGCAAGAUUGAGCAGGAUGGCCUUCCCCGACUCAACCGGGUCUCUCGCCACCUGAAUCCUAUUUUUGUCUUCACCGGCCAAGGCGCCCAGUGGCCCGCCAUGGGACGCGAGCUGCUCUCCGAUCCCAUUUUCCGUGCCAGCAUCGACCGCAGCAGGAAUGACCUGGAAUCGGCGGGUUGCCAGUGGGACAUCCUUGCUCUUCUUUCUGACCCAGCCGAUCGUCGCAUUGACGGCCCUGCAUUCUCUCAACCGGUGUGCACGAUCGUACAGAUCGCUCUGGUGGACCUCCUCCGAUCCUGGAGUGUUCAGCCUGCAGCUACUGUGGGCCACUCCAGCGGCGAGGUUGCAGCUGCCUAUGCAGCAAACCUACUCUCUCAGGCGGACGCUGUCCGCAUCGGAUACUGGCGUGGGUUUUACAGUGAGCAGGUCAAGGAUCGGAUGGGAGAGUGCAAGGGCGCGAUGAUGGCUGUGGGACUGUCCGAAACCCAAGCAGUGGCAUACCUGGACAGAGUUCCUGAAGGAAGUGUCGUGGUGGCGUGCGUCAACAGCCCAGCCAGUGUCACCCUAUCUGGUGACGCAAGCGCCAUCAAUCACUUAGAGGCCGUCCUCCACGGCGAUGGCCAUUUCGCACGCAAGCUCCGCGUUCAGGUAGCCUACCACUCUCCGCAUAUGCGGGUCGUUGCCGAUGCCUUCGUUCAGGCAUUAGGCAAGGUCCAGCCGCAAGCCUCGGACAUUCCCAUGUUCAGCUCGGUGACGGAGAAGCGAAUUGAUGACCCGUCGGUCCUUCAGGCAUCAUACUGGAUGCAAAAUCUGGUCUCUCCGGUUCGCUUCUCGGGAGCCCUGACGAAUUUACUUAGUCAUACCCCAGGAGGGAAUCCGCGCCGCCGUCGGGUGGCCACUACUGCGUGGAGUGCGCUGGUCGAGAUUGGGCCCCAUGAGGCGCUCAAGGGCCCCUGCCGCCAGAUCAUGUCGGCUUGGGACGGCAAAUCCCCCGAAAGGAUUCCAUAUAUGUCUCUUCUCAGCCGCGGCAAGCACGCUAGGGAAACUGCGCUGGCAGCGGCCGGGAUGCUCUGGGCCAGUGGUCACCCCGUUGAUCUGCGGCGGGUUAACCAGUGUCGCGAGGGACUGCAGAUGGUGGUUCCUGAUCUGCCGCCCUACGCGUGGAACCACGAAAAGGGCUUUUGGCACGAGCCCGCCGCCUCUAUGUCGGCACGGCUACGAAAGGAGCCCCGGAACGACCUCCUGGGAAUGCCGGUGCCUCAUCAGAAUCCAUUCGAACGAAGCUGGCGCAAUUAUCUGUCCGUCUCGGAGUGCCCUUGGCAAAGAGACCAUAUCAUCACAGGCACGGUUCUGUAUCCUGGUGCUGGACACUUGAUCAUGGCUUUCGAGGCGGCCCAGCGACUGGCCUCGCCGGACCGGGCACUGGCCGGAGUGGAAUUCUGCGACGUGCAUUUCGACAAGGGACUUGUCAUCCCGUCCGGUGAUCAAGCGGUGGAAACACUACUGGCGACUAGGCCUCACGAGAAGCUAUCCGACUGGUAUCAUUACACGGUAUACUCUGUCAAUGAAGAUUCAUCCUGGACGAAGCACUCCUGGAGCACCUUCAGUCUGCACUACGACGGCGUCGUCAGCUCGGAGCAAUGCCAGCGUUAUCACCGGACAUACAAAGCUCUACGCUCGCGUGCAGCCAUCCCACUGGACAUUCCAUCUUUCUACGAUCAGCUGCAAUCCAUCGGAACCGAGUAUGGUCCUACCUUCCGCAAUAUGGUGGAGGCUGCGGCUGUACCAGGCGAGCGCAGCGGUGUAGGGACCAUCGCCAUUCCGAACACCCGCGCUGUCAUCCCGCACGAGUUCGAGUAUCCCCACCUUAUCCACCCAGCCACACUCGAUGCCAUCUUCCAUCUGAUCUUCGUGGCUAUGAGCCAGGGCCAACCGCUCGCUGAGUCCGCCAUUCCUACCAAGGUGGACCGUCUGUUCAUCUCCACGGAUCUACCAACCGGUGCAGGAGCCGUUUACACCGGGUACUCGCACACAGAGUCCUUGUCCGGCCGUGAUACGCAAGGUACCAUUGUCGUGUCUGACGAAAGCUGGCCGUCCGGUCCGAAGAUCAUUGUGGAAAGAAUGACGGUGACGGAAGUCUCGUCGGGGGCUUCCAGUCAGUCCAGCCCCGUGCAGUCCUCAGCCGGUCAAGGCCGCAUUGCGACGUUGGAUUGGAGGGAAGAUCUAGACACGCUGGUCGGCCCCAUGGCUGUCGACUGUCUAGCUCGGAAGGCUUCCAAAGCUCCGAACCCAUUGAUGGGCGAAAGUGAUGCCGUGCGCCAUCUCCAUUCCUGGCUAGACUUGGCUUGCUUCAAGAACGCGGACUGGAAGGUCCUUGUGGUGGAGCCCACCACCUGGGGCGGCAGCAGUGUGCUUUUGGAGAUCUUUGCAUCCAAGACGGGUGGACGCUAUCGGUUUGCCCAGACCGUGAUUGCCGAGUCAAAGGCUGAGGCCACUCAUCAGAUUGAGCAGAGGCUGUCGCAGGGUGGACUGGAUGUGACAUACACGACUGUGGAUCUUUUUGCGGGAGUCGACGAAGAGACGGUGGCCCAGCUAGGUACAUUCGAUCUCAUCCUCGCUCCCUACAGUUUAGUAAACCAGCUGCCGCACCUGGAGCCGUUGUUGCGCUCAGAGGGCAGGAUGGCCUUGGUCUCUACAGGUACAAAGGACGAUCAUGACGAGUCUUCUUCGGGAGACGUGUUGCAUACAACUACCCUUCAAGAGACAAUCCGAUUCCGUUCUGGUCAGGACAACAGCGGUUUGUGUAUUGCCAGCCUGGAAUCCAAGCACGAUCCAGCAAACGACUUCAGCGAAAUUGUGCUUCUGCAGCAUGCGGAUCCCGCUGCGUCUAGCAGAGCACUGGGGGAGCAGCUCACGACACGCCUUAGCGCACUCGGACAUCGCGUCCGGACGACGACUCUCUCUGAGGCACAAACACUGUCUGGACACGUUGUGAUCUCCCUCCUCGAGGCAGAGCGUCCGUUUGUAAUCUCAUGGACAUCCGAUGACUUUGAACAGUUCCGCCAGCUGACCAGUGCGCAAUAUCUCCUGUGGGUCACGCAUGGCGGUCUCCUCGAGACACAAGAGGCUUCCCUUGCCUACUCUCCAUCUACUGGGCUUCUGCGCACCGUGCGCGCCGAGAAGCCCCAGAUUCGACUGCCCCAUCUUGACCUCACUCCUGGCCUUGAUGUAGGGUCGGAACAGGCAGUUGAUCUAAUCUUGAAGGUCUUCGGCUCCACCAGCAAGGCCCCCGUGAAUGGGAAGAACUGCGAAAUGGAGUAUGCUGAGUUGAAUGGCUUGUUGCAUAUCCCUCGUGCACAGGGCCAUCACGGCCUAGACCAUGAGCUGGCACUGCAUGCGGCCACCGUGAUCAGUGUGCCCGGGCCUUUAUAUCAGCCGGGUACGAGCCGAAAGCUCGAGGCAUGCCGCGCUGGCGAUGCGUCGAGUCUCUGGUGGAUCCCGGACGAACGCGACCGCCAUACGUUAACUGAUACCGAGAUAGAACUGCAGCCCACUCACAUUGCUCUGGAGGAUGGUAUGGUCAAAGAGUUCUUGUCUAGUAAACAGCGCGCCCUUUUGCCACCGGCCCUUGGGCGAACCGCCGUCGGAACCGUCACCGAUGUUGGUCCACUGGUGUCAAGAUUUGCGCCUGGAGACAGGGUGCUCACGCUGCAUCCGGGCCCGUUUCACACGCACCUGCGCAUGUCCGAGUCCCUAGUACACAAGCUUCCGGAAUCACUCUCCCCCGGCGAAGCCGCUGUCGUACCCCUGGUCGCAGCGCACGCCUGGCAUGUCCUUGUGGAGGUUGCGGCGUUCCGGGCCGGUCAGACGGUCUUCGUUAAUGGAUCGGGCGACAUCCUAAGUCGGCUUCUUGUCCAGCUGGUCCAGUCGCUCCAUGGGGAAGUGUUUGUGUCGGUUUCCUCCAAGGAAGAGCGACAUGCGCUUAUGGAAGAUCACCAUAUCCCGGCUAAUCGCAUCUUCAACCAGUUGAACCCGGCGUCGUGGACCUCCGAUAUUCUGGCAGCAGCAGAUGGCAACGGGCUGGAUGUCAUCAACAAUACGACGGCGGGUUCCACAGUGCGGAGUUUGUCUGCUUCUGUCAAGAGUGGAGGACGCUUCGUGGAUGUCACUCAGAAAGUUGUGGCGUCGAUGCUGGAUCCCACAGUGUUUGAGCGUGGCAUCACUUUGUCCUUCCUGAACCUGACCGUUCUGCCCGACAGCAAGCUGUUCAAUCUUGUUGAUAAGGCUCUUAAUUUAGCUCGGAUGGGACGUUUCAAUCCGAUGCCCUCUAUCUCGUUGUCUUCUGUCUCUGAACUGCCACAUGCUCUGACAGCACUAGUCCAAGAAGAAGGAUCGUCCCCGACUCCGAUGGUCAUUGAGUUCCCCCAGGACGCAACGGUUCCCUUGCUCCCAUCCCCGCCACCACCGCUCCACCUCAAACCUGAGGCGACAUAUAUCCUUGCGGGGGGGCUAGGCGCUCUGGGUCUCACAAUCGCGGACAACUUGUGGGCUCACGGUGCACGACACCUGGUCUUCCUCAGUCGGUCUGGAGCGUCCAGUCUUCGACAGCAAGAGGCAUUGCAAAGCUUGCGUGAGCAUGGAUGUGCCGUAGACGUGGUGCGUUGCGACGUGACAGAUGCAGAGCAGGUGAAGGCGCUCGCCGCACAAAUCCAGGAGAAAUCCUGGAAGGUGAAGGGUGUCGUACAACUUGCGAUGGUUCUACGGGACUCCAUCUUCGAGAAUAUGACGUUCGACAAGUGGCUGACUGCGGUAAACCCGAAGGUCAAGGGCACCUGGAACCUGCACAACUACCUGCCGCAGGAACUAGACUUCUUCGUCAUCCUCUCGUCCCUCUCGGGGAUCAUUGGAAACACCGCCCAGGCCAACUACUGCGCCGGAAAUACGUACGAAGACGCUCUGGCGCAUUACCGACGCAAGCUCGGUCUCGCUGCAACCACCCUUAACGUCGGCCUGGUCACGGACGCGAGCCAUUUCAACGAGGACUCCACCAUCGAGGACUAUCUGCGGAAAUACAGCCACUGGAUCCCCGCUCAGGUAACCGACCGUGAACUCCAGAAGACCUUGAUCGCGGUGAUGCGAGGACAGCUGGCAGAAGGCGAGCCGGUGCCGGGUCAACUCCUUGUCGGACUCUCGGAUCAGGUCCGCCGCGACGGCGAGAGCCUCAAUCUUUGGCCUUUGGAUCGCAAAUUUGACCAUCGCAUUAGCCUUGCUGGUGUCACCACGACCGCUCAGGAAGAAAGUCCCAGCCAGCAGCUACAGGACUCGCAGACGGCGAGCGAGGCCCAAGCGCUUGUCGAAUGGGCGUUGCGGGUCAACGUUGCGAAUGCGAUGACCGCAUCUCCGGAUGAUAUCGACGUCGAGAAGCCGCUCUACACCUUUGGCAUUGACUCACUCAAGGCAAUCGAAGUGGGGAACUGGAUCUUCAAGGAACUCAAGGCGGACAUUUCGGUCUUCGAGGUUCUAAGUCCCAUCUCCUUGGGCAGACUGGCAAUGAAGAUCGUAUCGAAGAGUUCUUUGGUCAGUGUGGAGGUUGCAACGGAAGCAGCGGCGGAGGGAUCGAGUUAG